UCGACCAUGGACGACAAUCCAAAAGAAAUCGUCAGACAAGCCUACGACGACCUCGCCGACUGGUACCUCUCCUGGGUUCUCACCCAACCCUCGCCUCGGGAAACAUAUGCGAGAAAAGUCCUAUCGAACAGCUUGACCUCUCUGGCGCAAAAUGAUACACCACCUCACAUCCUCGAACUCGGCUGCGGUCCCGGCGUACCCAUCACCCGCCUCCUGCUGGACGCCGGCGCGCACGUAACAGCGAACGACAUCUCCCCUCGCCAAAUCCAAAUGGCCAAAACCCGAUGUCCAACCGCGACGUUCCACCUCGGCGACAUGACCGCUCUCUCCUUCCCGGCGGAGACCUUCUCCGGCGUGACGUGCUUCUACACCCUCUUCCACCUCCCGCGCGAGGAGCAAAAAGUCAUGCUCGUGCGGAUACGGGAGUGGUUGAAGCCUGGCGGAUUGUUUGUGUUUAAUCUCGCGGCGGAGAUCGACGAGGAGGAGAUUUAUGGGGAGAUGAUGGGGCAUGGCAUGUUUUGGAGUAGUUUUGGGGUGGAGGGGAGUCAGACGAUGGUGAGGGAGGCGGGAUUGGAGGUUGUG